AUGUUCGUUGGCAGCCUUGUGGUAUUCGACGCAGAUCCUGAAAAUACAACGUCGAUCCUGAUUCGCCUUCCGCCGCCCGCGAUCCUGUUCCAUCCUGACACGAACCUUGAAAUUGAGCACUACGACGUUAUGGACGUGGACGCAGCCAGCCGUCCUGGAGCCCAACAAGUCCCUACUCCGCCUAACACGCCCCAGGUCACUCCGCCAGACUCGCCUGAGACUAGCCCUCCGGACACUCCACGAUCGGCUCCCCAGGAUACGGAAGACACAGAUCUUCCAGAUAUGACACAAGUGAGCUCUGAAAUCGUCCAGGAACCUGGUGCUUUGACAUCGGAUCAAGGCAGUCCUGUCAGCCCACCCAUGACCGACCAGUCUCUUCCGACAGAGGGAGAACACGCUGAGCACUCAGAGACAGAGCAAGCGAGCCAAAGAACGACUGAGUUUGUCAGUGAUCCAGUGGUCGACGACGGUAGUAAGCCAACAGACGAGGUUUGCAUCUCCCAUUCCUGUUUAGAAGCGGACAGCAUCAGGCUAACGAACCGAUACAGAAGUGGCGCCAGGAGAUUUGUGACAUGA